GUGGCUGAGUGCCGGCAGUGUGUGCUUGGACAUGCAGGACCAGAGGUAUGCAGUGGCCAUCCCCACAAAAGAUCAGACGGCCCAGACAACCGUGAAGGCUCUGUGGAGGUAUGUCAUCCAAGUGUUUGGUUGCCCUGAACGUAUCUUAACAGACAGAGGGGGGGCUUUUGAAUCUGAGCUCCUGAAGGAGCUGUGCCAUGUGUAUGGAUGCACAAAGAGCCGCACAACCCCAUAUCAUCCACAGGGCAAUGGGGCUUGUGAGCUGUUUAAUCAGACCCUCUUGGGGCUAUUGAACACGUUAGACCAGGAGGGCCAGACGCGGUGGGUGGAACAGUUGCCAUAUUUGCUACAGGCUUACAACAACACCCCCCAUAGUUCCACAGGCCUUGCUCCCUUUUAUGUCUUGUAUGGGAGACAUGCUCGGCUGCCAGUGGACAUGGCCAUGGGGAUCUCCCCACCUCAGAUACGGGGCUCCAUCGAUGGGUGGGUGGAACGCCACCAGAGACAACUAGUUACGGCCUAUAGGCAGGUGCAGGGGCAUAGCAAACGCCGGCAAGAGUUGGAUCAACAGCGUUACAACCGACGGGCCAAAGCUCAUCCCCUGGUGCCAGGGGAAAGGGUCCUGUGUAAGAACUUUAGGAGGAGGGGUAGGGGGAAGUUGGGGCCGUACUGGGUACAACAACAGUACUGA